UUGUUGCUCAACGUCAGCCGUCACAAUCACUGUAGCUGUAACUUCUGUGUUAGCCCUGGCUGGUGAAGUUAGAAGUCAUUACCAUGGAUUGAACGGACUGUAACUGUUACUUUUCACAUGGCAGGGCUGUGGAAAAGUAAUUUAUCUGACGGUUACAUGAGUGGAAUAAACCCGUGUCGUCGGCUUCACUGGAACAGAAAGAGGAGAGAAGAGGGGCAGUGACCAUGGAGCCUGUAUUUCACUCUCUCUUCACCACAGCUGGCCAGCUGCCCUGGUUGCUUCUGACUCUUAUUACAUUGUGGACAGUGUUGUGUUCAGCAGAUGUAAAGCAGACAAGAUGGCCAUUAUAUUCCCAGAAGCCUGUUCUUCUUGUCUGGAAUGCCCCAACACAGGAGUGUGCUCCGCGACAUGGUGUAACUUUAUCUCUUGGCCAGUUUGACAUUGUGGCAUCCCCCAAUGAGGGCUUUGUCCGGCAGAAUCUCACAAUUUUCUAUAAGGAGCGCCUCGGGUUGUAUCCUUAUUAUGAGCGGGGCAUUGCAGUGAAUGGAGGUCUUCCACAGCUUGCCAGCCUCACUCAGCACUAUGAAAAGAUGCCUGAAGGUGUGCAGAAAUAUAUACGUGAGCCAGAUGCAAAAGGUUUGGCUGUUAUUGACUGGGAGGAGUGGCGCCCACUGUGGAUCCGAAAUUGGGACAGUAAAGAUAUCUAUCGGAAUAAAUCUCGUGAACUGGUGGCCAAAAAGAAUCCUAACUGGCCCCCAGAACAAGUGGGAAAAGUUGCACAGCAGGAAUUUGAGCUAUCAGCUCGCAAAUUUAUGCUGGAGACUCUAAAACUGGCCAAGAAUCUGAGGCCCAAUCAGCUCUGGGGCUUCUACCUGUUUCCAGAUUGUUACAACCAUGACUACAGGAAUGGCUUAAAGGACUACACAGGCCGUUGCCCUGGUGUGGAAAUGUCCCGCAAUGAUCAGCUGAAUUGGUUGUGGAUGGAGUGUACAGCAUUCUUCCCGUCUAUAUACAUGGGUUCUGUUCUAGCCUCUACAAAUUAUGGGCGACUCUUUGUCCGAAACAGGGUGAAGGAGGCGAUGCGCCUGGCAUCUGUUGGGGAUGGAUUAGCACGCCCUGUUUUUGUUUAUACCAGACCUAAUUACAUCAGUCAGAUGACCCUCCUAUCUGAGACAGACCUCGUCUCCACCAUCGGUGAGAGUGUUGCACUUGGAGCUGCAGGUGUAAUCUUCUGGGGGGACAGCUCCUAUGGAAGCAGCACUGCCAGCUGCUCCAAACUAAAUGGGUAUCUUCAGGGACCGCUGGGCCGGUACCUGCUCAAUGUGUCCACGGCAGCGGAGCAGUGCAGUCAGACAAUGUGUAAAUCCCACGGCCGCUGUCUUCGCAGAGUAUCGGACACUGAUGUGUACCUGCACCUCAGCCCCUCAACACACACCAUCACCAGUCAGGGUGGCCAGCUGAAGGUUACAGGAGCGCCCGGCCAAGCCGAGCUGGCUGUUUUCCGCACACACUUCCAGUGCCAGUGCUACAGUGGGUACAGGGGUGAGGCUUGUGCUGAGAAAGAAAAAGGGCAGAAUAGAGCCUCCUCUGUCUUAGGAACCUGGCCUCUUUGCCUCUUACUCCCACUAGGACUCCUCACUCUGCUACACUGAGGAAACUGAGAAGCCCAAACUAUUCCCUGCUUCUGCCAGCCCUGAAAAGAACAGUUCAAACUUUGCGACACAAGGUGGUAGGUCACUGUGCAACAUGUGAUAGUGAUGCAUUGACAGCAGCAGGCAGUCAGUCCUGUCAUCAGACAGCUCCCAGUGUGACAGGACAGUUUUAUCCCAGCACACAGACCCAUCUAGAAGGCAUAUUUUUGUCUGAGAAGCUGCACUGGGAGAUCCCCCACCUCAUGGCUGCCUCCUGGAACUAAUGUCCAUCCAUCAGUAUCAAUACUACAAUCUGUUAAUUAUCUCUUAAAGGCCUUUGCCAUGCUCCAUGCAGGCCCUGACCUCUGGGUUAGACUGUCCCCACAAAUGCCUUAUGAACAAAACACUGCUUAACCUUUUUCAUGAUGAUGGAACAACAUGACACUUAAGUAAAAGUGUAGAAGAAAGGUACAUUUGUUUCCCCAGAGAUACACAGUAUUGACAAGUUGUUGGUGCAUUACAACAACAUGGUAUUCUGCAUCGUCAUAUCGUUGUGACACAGCUUUAUGACAGACAUAUAAAUAGUGCAUCAUGCCAAGAGGUGGUAAAUAAUGAAAUAUGCAGUCUUAAAUCUUUAGUUAUCUUUGGCUUAUAGAAACAACAUGGCUGGACCUGUUUCAGUUCAGAAAUGUGCCUUAACAGGGCUACAACAUGCUCUCUUUUGUUUACAGAUUGUGAUUAUUGAGGUUCCUUCAGUAGCGUUCAUCUCAGCCUUCUCCUGGGCACAGUGCUUUAUGCUUUAUAUUAACUCCAUAAUACCUACCAGUUUUUUUAUUAAUAAGGAAAAUGUAUUUAAAAGAAAGCACAGACACGUCGGUAAAGGUUAAACAGAAAAGACAGACAUUACUAUUUCUUUGAUACAAAUGGUGUCUUAGAGGGAUGUCACUGUGAAAAUGAGUCGUGUUUAAAAAGUUCAAUUUCAGCAUCCACUUAAUGUAACUUUUGCCUAAUCUUUGUUAAUUUUCUUGAAUACAGACAAAAGGAUUAUCAGAUACUGGCAGUAUAAAUAUACAAACACAUAAUUAGUCCAACUGAUCAUGGUCAACUUAGGCUUGUUCCAGAUAUAUUUAUAUUGGCUGAUCAGUAACAGAAACCAAAGUAAUGUACUGUUAGUAGAAUAUCACCCAAAUCUACAUCCACUCAGAAAUCUAGUGUUGAUCGGUCUUUCUGACACAAUAGUCAUUUUAAAUGUAUUUAAGUUUGUAGUUUGACUCGCUUGCGUUUCAACUUGUGUCGGGUUCCUGCCAAUGACACUGCUGAUAGUAAAUGCUGUAGAUACACCUUCAGACUAGUAAAGUAAAUGUAUUUGCUAGACCAAAGCUAGCCAAGCAGUCUCAUAUUUAUACAAUAGUUUCUGUAUUGAUGCUAUAUGGCAGUGCACAAAACGACUAUUAGAUACCUGAAAUUAGAGGAGGAGGCAGGAAUAGGUUUUAGUGUUUUUUUACAAACUGGAAGAACCAGUAUUGCAAUAGAACAUUUUAUGUACAUUGAACUUUUUCUUGAGAUUCUGCACUUUAAUUUUCUGAGAUGGAUCUGGAUUUAAUUCAUGUACAUGAGUUGAAAUUGUGUUAUUUUGCUGGAUACAGAGGCCUGUAAGUAUACAGUCACUACAUUACAGUAUGUUAUGGUGUCUUUUCCAUUUAAUGUGUCAUGUAUGUUAGAAAUGUGUUCGCUGUGAAUCUUAUGUGGAACAGACGUGUGUGCUUCUAUGAUUGUUAACCUUCACUGGCCUUUAACUCAGUUGCAUUUUAAAAAUGAUUUAAUGUUUCUAAUGAUGUGUUGGAGCAAAGAGUGUGUAAUGCUAAUGAUUUUCCCCAUAGUACUAGACUGAUAAGUUAAUGGCAAGUAUCUGUCUUUACAUUUCAAUAGGAGAUAUAUAAAGAUAAAGGAAGAAGCGCUUUAAGGAGCCAUACUUUUGUUUUUGCCUUUUUACAAGUAUGUUAGAUAUAUACUGCCAAUUAUUUUCACUGGGAUAGUGUUUCGAACUUUGAGUUUGCACUAACAAUCUUCCUUUAUCAACUACAGAUUAUACAGUGCACCAGUAACUUUAGAAUAAACUUGAAUGCACUCCAAUCAGUCACAAGUACUAUAACAUCUGAGUAACUUGAAAUAAAACAAAACUUUUCAAAAACUUUUCUGGCCCUUUAAAGACUUAUCCUAAGAAGAAUAUCUUUAAAUCAAUAUCAUUCAAAUUCUGCUUCUGUGUUGAUGGAUAUUACUGUUUAAAGGUACUGGUCGCAUUGUGCAUGUGUGUGUUUGUGUGUGAAUUUAACUCAAUGUUUUCUUGUUCAUUCCACAACUUUGUUCAGAUUGUUUGCUUUGUACCAUUCCACCUCCCCAUUGUAGAAACAGCUUUGUUCUGUCAGUAAUGAGGAAUUUACCGUAAUUUAAAGGCCUUAUUUUGCCAAAGUGUAUUGAUGUUAUUAUCAGAGACCAAACUGGAGAAAAAUCAAAGGGUUUUGUAUUUAAAAACAUUUCAUAUUCACAUUUUACAUCAGAAAAUUUCAAUAUUAAAAAAGGAAUUUGAAUUUU